UCUUUCGCUCUAGGCGUUUCUUCAGAUGUCGUAUUAUUAUACAUCGCAUCAUUCAACACCAAAUUCGUUCGUCAAUACCAAAGACACGUUCAUUGUAAUGAUCAGCAAAUUAUAAAAGGAGAAAAUCCGAGCUGUUGGCAAGAUUUCCCCAAACAACAAUCAGAUGGGGGACAGUCGGGUGCAAAGGAAACAAGGUAUGGUUGGAACACUGCAGCCAUAGAUCGCGAGGACGGAGACUGGUCGGUGACGAGCGAGUAUAGCGAGUCCGGCGUGUCGGCGAGUUCGGCAGAAAGUUCGGAGAGUUUAGGAGGAUCCAGCUGGAGCAACUCGGAGAAGGUCGUCGGAGCGCGUCGUCGCGGAGGCUCGCUGUUGACGGUGGCGUCGCUGUGCCGCGUGCGGGGCCGCCGCGUCGGCAAAUCGGCACCGUCCAGUUUCCGAAACCGCGCCGCCUGCGACAAGAGCGGCGGCGAAGGCGCUGCCAAAGGCGACGAGGGGGCCCAAGGAGGCGCUGGCCAGGCAGGCGGUGGACAGUCGAGCAGCUCGACGACGCCCGGAUUCGCGCGCAGCGUCGCCAACGGCCUCAAGCUCGCCCAGACCCAGGCAAUCGCUGUCGCUGGCUUCCUCACCGACGUUGACUCGCGGCACGAUCGCGUCUGCACCUCCUGUCUCUCGCAUCGGGCCUCUUACCACGGCAGAGUUUCCUGGGCCGGAGAGGGUAACGGAAGCAUCGGCGCAGAGCGCCUGUCCCACAGCUUGCCGGGCAGUCCUGCCGACCGGAAGCCCAACUUCGAGGUCAUCGGCAGCGCGGAGAGCUUGGUUGGCCGAGUUCUCGCUGAGCAAGGACUGGGCAAGUAUUGCGACCCAGACUUCGUAAAAUACACGUCGCGAGAGAUGCAAGAAGCGCUGGACAUGACGCGCGAGGAGAUGGACCGGGCGGCGCACCAGCUCCUCCUGCAGGAACGCCACGGUCAACCGUUGUCGUAUCAGUUGCAGCAGGGAGCGGAGCAGCAAUGGUUACCGACCUAUCAGCCGAUACAGCCGAAUCAGCAGCAGCAGGCGACAGGGAUCGGGUACCAGCCGCUGCAAGAGCAGCAACCGCCACCCGGCCCGCGACAGUAUCACCGAUCCUACUAUCACGGCGAGGGGCAAACGGCCUCCGCGACCUCGGACUCGUCGUCGCAGCAGCAACAGCAACAACAACCGCCACCGCCUUAGCGACGCGACGCCACGUCAUAAAUCGUGUUCCUAAACUCUCGUUCGCCUAGCCAAACGAGAGAACGACUCUUACAUCCCUGAGCUGUAUUACUCAGUCUGUCGUUUCGCCGAAGACGCGAAGAUUUCGCAGCAGCAGUUUCUCGAGUGAGCAGCGAAAGUCGACAGAUGUCGCGGUUGAUUGUUGGAGUGAAGAAGGCUUCCGACGCGAUUCAGAGAGAGAGAGAGAGAGAGA